AUGUCGACUUGCAACCACUGCUCCACUGUCUUCCCGAGCUACGAACACCUCCGGGUUCACCGCCGUUCCUGCGACCCCAAAGUCACCGUCCGGUUUCCGAACGGGAUCUUUCAGGUUGUUCGCCGUCCAGACGGAUUUUUCUACUGCCAGUGUGCUGCCCCAAAAUGUGCACGGUCGUUUGCCACCACUCAGGGCAUUCGGAAUCAUGCCUCUAAAAGUGAAUUCGACUGGCUUGACAAGCCCCCGGGUCUGACCGUCCCGCAGCCCAACCCUGGCGGAGCGGUCAGGGCCACCACUCAUGACGGGGGCGAGGAUCCAGAGGACGAAGUUCAACGUCCAGCCUCUGGGGAUGAAGAUCGUCUGCCGUCUCCCCAAGCCAGCUUUCCAACAGCAUCUAGCGAAGAAAGCGAGGAGGAAGAUGUGAUGAGUGUUGAUGAGCCUCAGGAUCCACACGAGGCGUCCCACUUUAUCGACUUUCCCGCUAUCAGAACUAUCGGCUGUGUUGUCGAGUCCCGCACUCGGCUCUUGUACUGCCUCAAGUGCAAGGUUAUGCUGCCUUACACCUGGCUUCCCGACCACUGGUCCCAAAAACACAAGGGGCUUGGUAUUCAUCCCAAGCCUAACCAGUUCUUUUCCCUUGGAAAGGAAUACAAAUUGGCCAAAGAGCUUCCUGAGCUUUGGCUCUCCUUGGAGCCCAUUCCCUCCCUCAAGGGUUUGCCUGUUGUCUCCGACUGUGUCCGCUGCCCUCACUGCCGCCACGUCUACCUCGCGUCCAGCCUCGCCUCGCACUGCUCCCGACAGCACCCUGGGCUUCCCGUUCCGACUUCCCUCCCCCGCAUCAAGGCGCAACGGCUCAGCAACGGAACCAAGAAUCGGCUUUUCGAGGUUACGGAACCAUCCGAUUCGGACGACUCCUCUGGUGUUGACCUCACCCCGCUGGAAAAGAUGUUCUCGGAGCAGCGCGCUGAACGGGACCGCCUCGCUGAGGAGCACCGUUCCAACGAGGUGGAUUUCCGGAAUGUCAGCCCGUGGCUGAUGUACACUGCAGGAAAACUCUAA